AUGAGUUCAGCUCCAACGAUCGCUCUUUGCGACUUCGUGCCUGAUCUGCUACAGCAACUCCUCGAGACAAAUUCAGACGCGCAUCUGAUUGUCUGCGCGACCAAGGCCGAGUUCCUUGUGCAGUUGGCGGCCGCCAUUCGUUCUCAACGUGCAGAUCCAGAUGCGGCAGCGAGCCAUGAUCUGCUCACGAAAACCAUCGGAUUGCUUGCAAGAUCCAGCAAAAUCAGGCUGUCAUUCUGUCCUACGCUUGAAAGUCUUCGGGCAUACCUUGCAGUUCUGACUACAACUGAUGGGGUGACCACUGAGGAUGCGCAGAGCUCCGGUGGACGACGUCUUCUUGCUGUACUGAACAUGAUGGCUUUGCAUAUUACGACUUCGGAGUUCUCGGCACAAGGGCUCUCGAGAACACUUGCUGCAGCUGUCGAAGCUGCAUCUAGGGCUGAACUAGACCUUAGACUCUACGAGUGUGCAAAUUCCCUGGAUCCUACAAGUGUCGAUUGGGGAAGGAAGCUAUGGGAUAUGACUGUCCCUUUAUUAAAUGGAUCCGUUCGGAUGCGAGGCGACGAAAGCACUAUGAGUGGUCGGGGUGUUACUUUGAAGCGGGUUGUUUCGCGCUGGUUCGAGUUCGACCAGGGAAACUGA